ACAGUGUUACAUGUAAAUUGUGUCCAACACAACUAAAAUCUCUCUCUACAUAGCGAAUAAACCAUGGAUUCUCUGCAACAAACCCUACCCUCUGAAACCCUACCUUCCGAACCUCCACCCUGUCCUCCAUCUGAGCCUCUUUCCCAAAACCUCUACUUUUCAUCUUUUGAAACCCUAGCUUACGCUUCUCAGAUCCCACCUCCACUAAACCCUCCUCAAACCCUUUUUGAAACCCUAGAUCCACACAAUCAAGCCCCAAUUCAAACUCCACAAACCCUAGCUCAGGAAAACAAUCCAAUACUUCCACAAAUUCCAGAAUCCAACUUCAUGAAUCCAUCCGAACCAUCGAAUCCGAAUCCGUUAGCUGAAUCACAGGACAAUUGUCAGAACCAGACUUUGCCCAAUCAAGAGCUCCAGAUAGCAUUGACGUCAGAAUUUAACGUCACCCAGAGUGGCACAGACAAGGAUAAUUCUGCCGGCGAAGAGGAAACGUCAAGUCGGCGACGGCGACGCAGUAGGUGGGACCCUCCGACGACGGACUCUGAAGGCCAGAAUGGGGACGCCGGUGGCGGGACCAAGAAGAGGAAGUCACGGUGGGCCGACGACGAACCAAAACCAGUAUUUCAACUGCCUGAUUUUAUGAAAGACUUCACUGGAGGUAUGGACCUUGACCCCGAAAUUCAAGUGUUAAAUGCUAGGCUUCUUGAAAUUAGUAGAAUGUUACAAUCUGGUUUGCAACUAGACGAACGACCCGACGGCGGUCGAUCGCCUUCCCCUGAACCUAUAUAUGAUAAUGUGGGAGUUCGAAUAAACACUAGAGAGUAUCGUGCACGUGAAAGGCUUAAUAGAGAGAGACAAGAGAUAAUUUCACAAAUUCUCAAACGGAACCCUGCUUUUAAGCCACCAGCAGAUUAUAGGCCGCCGAAGCUUAACAAGAAGCUCUACAUACCAAUGAAAGAAUACCCGGGUUACAAUUUCAUCGGACUUAUAAUUGGGCCUAGAGGAAAUACGCAAAAGAGGAUGGAGAAGGAGACGGGAGCGAAAAUUGUGAUUAGGGGGAAGGGGUCUGUUAAGGAAGGUAGGUUGGGGCAGAAGCGUGAUUUGAAAUUUGAUCCGGCUGAGAAUGAGGACUUGCACGUUUUGGUGGAAGCAGAUACACAAGAUGCACUUGAUGCUGCUGUGGGGAUGGUGGAGAAGCUUUUGCAACCAGUUGAUGAAGGACUCAAUGAGCAUAAGAGACAGCAGCUUCGGGAGCUUGCUGCCUUGAAUGGAACAAUAAGGGAAGAUGAGUUCUGUAGGUUGUGUGGAGAGCCCGGUCAUCGGCAGUAUGCAUGUCCAGCUCGGAUGUCGACUUUUAAGAGUGAUGUCCUGUGUAAGAUUUGUGGUGAUGGUGGGCACCCCACUAUUGAUUGCCCAGUGAAAGGGACUGCAGGGAAGAAAAUGGAUGAUGAGUACCAGAACUUCUUAGCAGAAUUAGGAGGGACAGGCCCAGAAUCCCUUACCAAGCAAACCCCAGCAUUGCCUAUUAUGGAUUCCAACAAUUCAGGAAGCAAUCCCCCUUGGGCCAGUGGUAAUGGUGCUGGAGGUAUUGGGAACACGUCACAUCCCGGAUUGGGCAGCAAUGCAGCUAAGAUUGGUAAAGAAAUUGAUGAUACAAAUUUGUAUAUUGGGUACUUGCCACCUACUCUAGAUGAUGAUGCUUUGAUCAGAUUGUUUGCACCUUUUGGUGAUAUAGUGAUGGCUAAGGUUAUAAAGGAUCGGGUGACUGGAUUGAGUAAAGGAUAUGGUUUUGUAAAGUAUACUGAUAUUGCUCAAGCCAAUCAAGCUAUAGCUAGCAUGAAUUGUUAUCGUCUGGAGGGGAGAGUAAUAGCAGUAAGAGUUGCAGGCAGAGCACCACAACCUGCUGUGGCCCCUGGACCUCCUGCUCCGCAGAUGUCCAUUUAUCCUGCUCCUAAUCAAGGAGUUGGUGCUUACCCGUCUCAGCAAAUGGCAUCAGGUGGCUCUCUUGGGAGUGCACCACCUCCACCUGGCAGCUAUAUGGGGGCUCCUGUUCCUUGGGGACCACCUGCUCCUCCAUAUGCUCCUUAUCCCCCGCCUCCUCUUGGACCAAAUAUGUUUGCCGCCAUCCAAGGUCAGCCUUUGCCCCCUUACAGUGGACAUUAUCCUCCACCAACACAAGCUGCUGCCCCUGGUGCCCCGCCUCUGAAUAUGCCUUCUAGUGAAGCCCAGCAAAGCUACCCCCCUGGAGUGCAAUCUCAGAAUGAUGUGACCUCACAAUCUACAGCUAACAAUAUCUAUGGAAACUCGAUGACUGGAAUGCCACCAAACUCUCAAACUACAUAUCCUCCAUCUUCCUUAAGUUACCCAUCUUAUUAUGCUGUAGCUCCUCCUCCUCCUCCACCUGUGUCUCAUUUGACAGUGGACCAACAGAAAUUUGCAAAUGUGCCAUGGGCUUCAAACCCACCAGUUCCGCCACCUGUUGCAUCUGCAGAGCAAAGUCAGCAGACAACUUAUGGUACAGACCCUGAAUAUGAAAAGUUCAUGGCUGAGAUGAAAUGACACAAUUCCAAUGGAGAUGAUGUUUUCAUGUUGAAACGUAAUGAUUGAGGUUUCUUGGAGCUCUUGUCAACUCGUUUUCUUACCUGUUGUUAUGAUUUCGACUAGUUGGAAGUUUCGGAUGCAUAUCUAAUCUUGCCAUGCUGUUGUUACAAUUGCAGAGACUUUUAGCCAAAUUCAGUUUAUCCAUUAAUGCAUUGAAGAAGCUUUUCAAGGACAUUAAAAUUGUAAUGACGCGACUCCUUUCUCUGGUGCAUGUAGACUUCAUCUUGUGCUGAUGGUGGUUUCUGACCUCAACCCAACUUGAUGCUAAUAAUUUUCAUACCUGGUUUUGUUUGAACUUUUAUGAUUAGUAACAGAUGGUCUUGUGAUACUUCAUUUAAUAUGAUUUUAAUAUGUCAUUUUCUUUAA